ACACACAGUCAGAGACUGUCACCACCGAGCUUCACACACCGGCUGCCCAGGUGCUACAAUGCGGGGAAAGCUAGCUGUCGUCCAGGGAAUGGCCAUAGCUGAACCCAUUGCUGAGAACUGGGAGCAAAUCUGGAACUUCCAGGCGAGAGACGGAGAUGUUUUGUUGGACACCUAUCCCAAAUCAGGAACCACCUGGAUGCAGGAGGUCAUUGACCUGAUCAUGCACGACGCGGAUGAGCAGAUCUGCAGGAGAGCCCCCAUUUAUGAGAGGAUCCCCUUCAUUGAGCUCAUGCACCUGAUGAAACCAGGUGUAGAAGAGGUGAAUGCGAUGCCCUCACCCCGGGUGCUGAAGACUCACCUACCCAUCCAGCUGGUUCCCCCAUCUUUCUGGGAGCACAACUGCAAGGUGAUAUAUGUGGCAAGAAACGCCAGAGACACUGUGAAUUCCUUCUAUUACUUUGACCAAGCUGUGCAGAUGCACCCUGACCCGGUGUCCUGGGAGAACUUCCUGGAACGGUUUAUGAAGGGAGAUGUGGGCUGGGGUUCCUGGUAUGAGCACGUGAAGGGAUUCUGGGAGCAGAAAGACAAACACAACAUGUUAUACGUAUUUUUUGAAGAUAUGAAAAAGACCCCCGUGCAGGAAAUUCGGAGGGUGGCGCAAUUCUUGGGCAAAGACCUCUCGGAUGACGUAAUAAACAAGAUUGCAAAACUCACCACUUUCGAGCACAUGAAGAACAACCCGAUGGCCAAUUACUCCGACUUCCCCAAACACCUAAUUGACCAAACACAGAGCGUGUUUAUGAGAAAAGGAACCACCUGGAUGCAGGAGGUCAUUGACCUGAUCAUGCACGACGCGGAUGAGCAGAUCUGCAGGAGAGCCCCCAUUUAUGAGAGGAUCCCUUUCAUUGAGCUCAUGCACCUGAUGAAGCCGGGUGUAGAAGAGGUGAAUGCGAUGCCCUCACCCCGGGUGCUGAAGAGUCACCUACCCAUCCAGCUGGUUCCACCGUCUUUCUGGGAGCACAACUGCAAGGUGAUAUACGUUGCAAGAAACGCCAGAGAUACGGUGAAUUCCUUCUAUUACUUUGACCAAACUGUACAGAUCCACCCUGACCCGGUGUCAUGGGACAGCUUCCUGGAACGGUUUAUGAAGGGAGACGUGGCCUGGGGCUCCUGGUAUGAGCACGUGAAGGGAUUCUGGGAGCAGAAAGACAAACGCAACAUGUUAUACGUAUUUUUUGAGGAUAUGAAAAAGACCCCCCUGCAGGAGAUUCGGAGGGUGGCGCAAUUCUUGGGCAAAGACCUCUCGGAUGACGUAAUAAAUAAGAUUGCAAAACUCACCACUUUCGAGCACAUGAAGAACAACCCGAUGGCCAAUUACUCCGACUUCCCCAAAUACCUAAUUGACCAAUCACAGGGAGACUUUAUGAGAAAAGGUACAGUGGGCGACUGGAAGACCCUGUUUAUGGCUCAGCAGAGCGAGGCCUUUGAAGAGCAUUACAAGAAAAUGAUGAGCGGCUGCACUUUGAAAUUUCAGGACCCAAAGUGACGCAUGACUGCCCCCAUGUGGCUCGAUGGAGAAUCUCCAGCACUGCUGGGAGUAUCAAUAAAUUUUAUUCCAUGUGAAACCUAUACCGUAACCUACACAAUAAGUCAUUUACAAACUGCAAAUGUGCGCAGCGCUCCUUUUAUGUAGAGCAUACAGUACUCAGAUACAGUGACAAAAUCCGCCAUGGAGGUCUACCUCAACGCCCACAAAAAAAGAAAAGAAAAAUGAAAAUAAGAACUUUGUAUUGGUGAUAUUAUUUUUUGAAAAAUAUAUACUAUACUAUACUGACAAUGUCUAUAAGUAAUUUCAGCCAUCAUUAAUAUAGCGGCCAUGCAGUAAUGAUUACAUUUUGCCCCAUUAGCCAUAGUUUUACAAACCCCCUGUUACAUUACGCACAUGCGGCCGGUAGCGCGCUAUCACCUAGUGAUCUGGACGUCAUACUUUCCAGCUUCCUCUGUAUUGGUUACUAGAUGUGUUACGUUGUAUAUUCUCAUCAAUGAAUGUCUUAUAUACUGUACAUUCUUUUCCUUGUACUACCUUUUUUAGCGUCAUCUUAUAUUGCAUUUGAUGCUUUAAUAAUAAAAAUAUAAGAAAAA